UGCGCAACAUGCGCAAGAGCACAACACUAGUUUACAAAGUUUAUCAAGUUUUAACUGAGUUUAGUUUAUGUUUAGCUAACACCAAGCUUUCUGCUAAUAUCGUUAUUCGUAUUAGUAGUCUGAAUUAAUUGAGAUAAUUUUAUAGUUACUCGUUCGUAAAAGGCAAUGGGUGGAUGGAAGCUCGAGAUUUUCAAGAUGGCUGUUUACAUGUCAUUCCCUGUUGCAACAUUUUGGUACUUUAAUAAACCAAAGUUUUACGAGGAUUGGACUAUAAAAAUGAGGAGAGAGUUAUACCCACCUGAAAAUAAACUUCAUACAGAGGAGAUUCAAGAAGCAAUUAUGCAACAUAACAAAAGAAAAGAAGAGCAGCUGAUAAAGUUAAUGGAAUCAGAAGAGAACAAGCACUAAGUCAAUGCAGACAAUAUGACAACUACGUUUUACAUAAAUGACUAAACAGAUGUCACAAUAGUCACUUGUUAUUUAGAGAUACGUAAAGGGUGUUAUCAUGUUCAUUGUACAACUCAUGAAGUGGGCUGAAAUCAUUUGAUAACGGUAGGCUACCUUUAUGUAUUCACUUUGUCUGUUUGUGACCAUGGGCAAUUCAUGAUAAUCUGCAGAACUUUACCAAUUUACGUCAUUUUAUUGUCGCAUUUCAAAUGCUUUCUAAUGCAAUGGCUAUUUUCAUGCUUUGUAAAUACUAUCAAAUAAUUUUUGAAUAACACAA